AUGGCGUUAGAAUCCUCCUCCAACAAGAAGCCUCUGGGUCCAGGGUCUUUUCCACUUCCUCACCUGUCCUCAGGUACCCGCCUUGCUUUAUCAUAUCCGUCUUGGAUCGGCCAGGAGCCAGGCACCCCACUGUAUGCAGAUGAGAUGGACCAGAAUAGUCCCCGCCUCCUCAGCUCAACGAACCAGAGCGCGCUCAACCCUUACCCAGAGAUGAAACUGAGCAUGCGUAAUGGAGGGAGUGGGGCGCGAAGGGAGUACGUGCCCGAAUGUUGUUUUACGCGUGCGCAGAAAGACUACCCGGCGGUGGCUCGCGGAGCCCGGCUGCGUUUUCAAAAUCAGAGACUUUUACUACUUUGGGGUUCUCCCAAGCACAAAUGCCGAGAGUUUACCACACCUCGAGGGCGGAGAGCCACCAGGCUUGGUUUCCGAUGCCGCCUGUCGAACUUUCGAGAUGUUGAGAGGUUCGCGAACACUAAUAACGGGACGCCGGUAGCCGGGCGAGGAGGACGGCGCGGGGCAGAGCCGAGGAAAGGAGGGGCGGUUCCCGCGGGCUCCAGGGUCGCGGCGACAGCUAGCAGCGGCCCCCCUCGCGGUCCCCGGGCUCGGCGGCGCGGUAGCGGCCCAGUUGUGAGGAGGCGGGGAAGCGAGUGUCCGGCGCCAGCCACGGACGGCAUGGACGUGGGCCCGGACCCUGGGCUGGUGCAGAAGUUCAGCUGCCUGGGCACCGCCGACAAGGACGUGCUCGUCUCUGAGUUCCAGCGGUUGCUCGGCUUCCAGCUCAACCCGGCCGGCUGCGCCUUCCUCCUGGACAUGACCAGCUGGAACCUACAAGGAGCAAUUGGCGCCUAUUAUGACUUUGAAAGCCCAAACAUCAGUGUGCCGUCUGUGUCCUUUGUUGAAGAUGUCACCAUAGGAGAACGGGAGUCGAUAUCCCCUUAUGCUCAAUAUAUAAAAACGCGGCGGAUCCAAAAUUCUGGGGCAGAGGCCUGGCCUCCAGGGGUUUGUCUUAAAUAUGUCAGGGGAGACCAACUUGGACAUGUGAACAUGGUGUUGGUGAGAUUGCUAAACCCCCAGGAGAUUGCAGAUGUCAGCGUCCAGAUGUGCAGCCCCAGCAGAGCAGGAAUGGAUCAGGGACAGUGGCGGAUGUGCACUGCUACAGGACUCUACUAUGGAGAUGUCAUCUGGGUCAUUCUCAGUGUGGAGGCGGGUGGACUUCUAGGAGUAGCACAGCAGCUGUCAUCUUUUGAAACGGAGUUCCACACACAGCCACAUCGCAAGGUAGAAGGAAACUUCACCCUGUUUGCCUCUCCCCAAAAGAACCGACAGUCAGAUGAAAAAAAAGACCCUGGGGGUUCCGGGUUCGACUCGAUCAGCAAAAACACACGGACUCCCGCGCCUGACCAAACCGAGCAAGAUGAGACUAGACUCCCCCAGAACUCUGUAAAUCUGUCCCCCAGCAGUCACGCAAACAACUUAUCAGUCGUGACUUACAGUAAGGGGCUCCGCGGGCCUUACCCCUUCAGUCAGUCUUAAACGGGUGUCACCAAGAAGAAAAAUUAACGAAAGACACAAGGCUUGACUCUGGGAGGGGAGGGCAAGGGGUUCCUCUGGAUUGCAGACCACAUCGCAGGGACCUGUGGCUCUGACCCCCAUCCUGGAAGAAGAAGAAGAAUCAGAAAGACUAGUUAUGAGUGAACUCAG